CAACAGGAGACAAUUGAGAGUCAACCCAUGUCAAAUUCUUGUGCGGCUUGUGAAGUGGUUCUGAAGGAACAGCUGUAAGACCACGGGAAAGCAAAGCACAACUUUGGUCUACAAGGGCUCCCCAAGACAUAAUGCUGACAGAAAAUGGACGCUCCUGAGUAUUUGGACCUAGAUGAGAUUGACUUCACUGAUGAUUUAGCUUACACAUCGAAGAAUAUUCCAGAACUUUGCCGGAGAAAUGAUGGACAACCAGAGGAGAGACAAGCUCCUGGCAUCAACUGGAGUCGAAGUGCCUCCUCACACAGUGGAAGUGGAAUCAAACCCACUGGAAUUGCUGAUGUGUACAGCAAAUUCAGACCUGUUAAACGGGUCUCGCCACUUAAGCAUCAGCCAGAGGUUUUGGACACUGAAGCUGAUAGCAAGAGUUCUGGGCAAAACCUAGAGAGAAACAAUUCCCCUAAAAGCAUACAGCCAAGUGUAAGUCCAUGUGAUAUUCAGGCACUCAAGUGCAAAAAUCUUGGUAAUGGAGCACUUCUUGGGGAACUGGAGCAUUAUGACUUGGACAUGGAUGAGAUCCUAGAUGUGCCUUAUAUUAAAUCUAGCCAGCAGAUGGCCACCCUGCCCAGAGCAGCCUCUGAGAAGCGGACCUCAGGGAGUGGUGCCAGUGAUAGGUGUGUAGGCCACAAGGCAUCAUCUCUUGCUCAGGCUGAGAGUCUGAGUAGUGGUAUGCAGUUUUGUGUACUUCCACCUGUUAACUGGUCAGAUAUGAGAAAGUCAAAGUCUAUGGAUCCAGACUAUCUCAGGGGACAAACAGUAGGGUAUGACCACUCACCAGGUUCCCUGCACCGAUCGACAUCUGAUGCAGACAAGCUAUUACCAGGCCGACCAUUUCCAGAUACACCAACCCACAAGGCUGGCUCGGAUACCUCCGCCAGUCAGUCUUUGUUCCAUAUUCAGGGAGGUUCAGUGGGUAGGUUAGACAAUAGCAAGGCAUGGAGCAGUCCCAAAGCAUUUGGAGAAUGUGAUGAAGAAACCAAAAAGUCUCACAAUAUAAUCAACAUUGUGCGGGAGGGACAGAUCUCACUCUUGCCCCAUUUUGCAACCGAGAACCUGGAACUCAUUCGAGAUGAAGACGCAAACAAUCUUCUUCAUAUCUCUGCUGCACAUGGACAUGCAGACUGCCUGCAGCACCUGACUUCCCUCAUGGGCGAAGACUGUCUCAAUGAGCGCAACAACCAGCAACUUACUCCUGCUGGUUUGGGAGUCAGGAAUGGUCACCUGGAGUGUGUGCGCUGGAUGGUGAGUGAGACCGAGGCCAUCGCUGAGCUUAGCUGCACACGGGACCACCCAAGUCUUAUCCACUAUGCAGCCCAGUAUGGUCAGGAAAGAAUUUUGUUGUGGCUACUACAAUUUAUGCAAGAACAAGCUAUCUCACUGGAUGAAGUGGAUCAGAAUGGGAAUAGCGCAGUGCAUGUUGCUGCUCAGUAUGGUCAGCUUGGCUGCCUUCAGACGCUGGUGGAAUAUGGCUCAAAUGUCACCGUUCAGAACCAGCAAGGUGAGAGACCAUCUCAGUGUGCUGAGCGACAAGGUCAUACCACCUGUGCACGCUACCUGGUGGUGGUGGAGACCUGCAUGUCUUUGGCUUCACAGGUGGUCAAGCUUACCAAGCAACUCCAUGAACAGACUACUGCAAGAAUAUCACUCCAGAGUCAAAUGCAGCUGCUGUUACAGUCCCAAGAUCCCAAUGAAAGACCACGCUCUCCCAGUUUGCUUAUUCCUCCAGCUGAGACCUGGCCUGAGAUGACACUUACUGCGGAAGUUACCCCUAGUGAUGGGCAAUGGGUGCUGAGGCAGCGGCAUGUGGAUCCUGAGUCAGUCCUGCGCAAAAUCUUGGGAAAAGACAUCGCUGAAAGAAUGGGGACUAAGGACAAGGCGUUCCAAGAGGAGGCACUAGAGGGCGCCAGCGGCACAGACUCAGGGAUGGGACUGGGCGUAGGCCCACUACGGAAAUCGGGUAUGGUGGAAAGGCGUGAGCUGAAACUAGCUCGUCUUAGGCAGAUAAUGCAGCGUUCCCUCAGUGAAUCAGACACAGACUCAUAUCCUCCUGAUGAGUCUAAGCAGCCCACUGGCACCUCCAGACCAGAAAGACCAAGCCAGCUUCCCAUAGCAAAAAGUGAGGAACUGGGACAUUUAACAAAUAAGAAGCAUACCUCAGCUACUGAGCGCAAGUUCUCAUUUGCACUCAGGACUUCAAAAUCCAUGGAUGGAUAUAAUCCCUCUCCAACAUCAGAUAGCAGUGAUCUUGAUCAUGAUGCAAAAACUGACUUUCCAGGGGAACUGAUUGAAUUCAACAAUGGGCAAAAAGUCACAAGUCCAAAGAGUGCUCUUAAAUCACCAUCCUCUCGUAGGAAAACCUCACAAAAUCUUAAACUCAGAGUGACUUUUGAAGAAGCACCAGCUGUCCAAAAGGCUGGCCAAGCAGGAGAGGUUAAAGUAGCUUCUGGUAAAGAAAAGACGUCAGAAUCAGGGAAACGACCCUUUGGAACAUUCCGCUCAAUUAUGGAAACGUUAAGUGGAAAUCAAAAUAGCAACAACAAUAAUGCUCAAUGUAUGUCUGCUGGCAAGCACUCACCUUCAAGUUCAGCACAGAGUCCAUCUGGGAAAAAAUCAGAUGCUAAAGUCUGUCCAGGAAGUCUGUCAAAAGGCAAAACCAAGACCAGCGCUGUUUAAGUGCCUCUUAAAGGGUGCUUUGAGAGCUUUGCAGUGCCCUAUUUUCUUAAAAAAGGUGUGUGUAUCUUAUGUGUUUUUAUUAAUUAGUGAUGAGUAAGGUUGAAACAACAUAAAUAACCAAACAAAACACACAACAAAAAUUCGUUUAUAAAUCAAACACUUGAGCAAAUGCAAUUUUUCACUAUCUAACUCAAGUAUUUUUUUUAUCUUUAAUCACUGUAUAUAUGUAUAACACAUGGCUUCAAAUGCGUUCUCCAUACUAAACAGAUAAGUGGAUUUGUUAAAAGUAUUAUUUAACAUCACUGUGAUUUUGUAUAAUCAUGAUUUCAUUUUACAAUCAAACGUUACUUAGUGAGAAAAGAGCAUUUCCUCUUUUUUAAAACCUCGUGCAAUGCAAAGUUUAAGGACUUUUUAUUAGCUCUUAGUGUUAGGAAAUGACAAUGGAUAUUCAUGUCAUACACUUCAUUCAAAACAUACUGAAUCACAUUACUGUAACUUUUCUAGAGCAGAUAGUGUUAGAUACACAAGGAUACAUGUGACAUUGCUGAGAAAAGUUUCUUGAUUUUUUUAAAAUGUUAUUAAUCACAAUUCUUUCUUUAAUUAAUUAUGUUUUGCCUGUAACUUUUCCCAUUUUAAAACAUAUUUAUAAGUUAUAAUUUAAAUAUUAUGUUUGAAAGACAAAACAUUAUUGCAGCUAAUGUAAUCUUAAGACGAAAAAUAAAUGCAUUUAACUGUUAA